UAGCGCUCUUCUGCACCGGGGAAAGGCGAGCGACGGCAGCUCAGCUGGAAAGCACCCGCCGCCGUCAGGGGUGCUGUAUCUUCCGCGCCGCAACGACAGAGGAUCUUUCCACCUCUGGAGGGGCUUUGUCCUUGCCUCAGAACAGCGAUUGACGCCCUUUCCCUGCAAUGGAGUCGGCGGGAACAGCUUUCACAGGACCGGCAGCCGCAGGAACCUCGGCAUUCUGUUUGGCAAGGAAAGAGCAGCAGUAUUUCUCUGAGCUCUUUUCGCUUUGCGGCGGUCGCCAGCCUACUCCCGAGGCGGGACCGGGAUUGGGACCCCCCGUUGUCGGGGGCAGUAAAGUGGCAGAGUUGUUCAGGGCGUCACAGCUCUCAGCGGAGAUGCUCCAUCAGAUUACAGACUUGUGUGGUUGUAAACAUGUCGGUUAUUUUGGUCGUACUCAGUUUUAUGCUGCUCUGAAGCUUAUAGCUGCUGCACAGUCUGGUCUCCCAGUACGAAUAGAAAGUAUUCAGAAUGAAUUACCUUUACCUCGAUUUAGUGCUCUGAAAAGUGAUAUUGAAAUAAGGUACAUCAAUCUAUCAGAAGCACAUGGAGCAAAGUUUCAGAGUCCACAUACAACCCUUGAGAUAAAUUGCUUCAGAAGAUCAGAUGAAGAAGAAAAACAGGAAGGACAGUCUCCUCCCAUGUCUCCCAAUGGUUCCCAUCCUGCUUCUCCCUCAAAUUACCAGAAAAUUCCUUUGGGAUAUGGUUAUACUAUAUUGAGAAGUGGGCUUGAGCAACAGCAUGGAGGUCCCUAUGAAGCUAGGCAUUCUAUUCAAGAUGGAUUGACUUCAGGGAAUUAUGGACCCAGAUCAAUGCCAACUUGCUCAUGUGUUAUUCAGUCUCUUUCAAUAGAAAGAGAACCACAGGACAGUAGUAGUAAUUACCCAGAUGACCUUUGGAGGGUAACUGAGGAACAACGAGAAUAUUAUAUCAGUCAGUUCAAGUCUUUGCAACCGGAUCUCAACUCUUUCAUUUCAGGUUCUGUGGCUAAGAAUUUCUUUACAAAAUCUAAACUGCCAAUCUGUGAGCUUUCACACAUAUGGGAACUUAGUGAUGUUGACUGUGAUGGAGCAUUGACAUUAGCAGAGUUCUGUGCUGCCUUUCACCUUGUUGUUGCUCGGAAGAAUGGAUAUCUUUUGCCAGACAGCUUGCCAGAGACGCUCUUGCCUGACUAUCUUCAUGCAGCUUCCCUUAAACCUAGAGGUGAAUAUGUACUGAAUUCUUAUUCAGAGUCAUUGUCAGUAAAUCAAUCAACACAAGACUUUAGUAGGACUGAGCUCAAAACUGUAUGUGAAGAUCCAAAUAACUCAGUGCCACUGAUUCUGUUUGAGGCAACUUCUGUUCAACCAGAAACAUCGAUAGAAAUGGUUUGGGAUGCCACUGUCCUGAUUCAGGAUACAGUUACUGAUGAUAAACAAGAUCUGAAAAUGAAUGAGUCUACCCAAGCAGUGCCAAAGGAACUUAAAGUAUCUCAACAUUUGCCUUUCAAAACAGUUGCUCAAGAAUCAAACACACUUAAAAUGAGACCAAGAUCCAGGUCUUACUCUAGCACAUCUGUUGAAGAUACAGUGAACAAAGGGGGAGAACCACCAGCUCCCCCACCACGACCUCAAAAAUCACAUUCCAGAGCUUCCUCUUUAGACUUAAAUAAAAUUUUCCAGCAAAACACUCAAGCAAUUAGAUCAGGCUGGACACCACCACCACCUGCUCUACCUCCCAGGCCCUUUGUGUCACAGGUUUCUCUUCCUGUCAUAAAUACUGCACCAAGCACUCUACCCAAAUCAAGCUAUAUGAACUUCAGUCUUCAGGAACAGAUAGAACAAGACUCUGAAAUAAACUCACAUUUGCCAGUGAACAUGUUCCCAUCACAAGAAAGCAGUCCAGCAAAAAAGGACCUUGUACUUACUCAGCUACCAUCAAAGCCAAUUCACAAGAUAUUCCAACCUGAAAGCCACAUGCUGGAGAACCAGGAAGUUUCUCCAACGAAAAGUGCAACCUCCUCUUCCUUACCUACCAUCAAACCUCAUCAUGCAUUUCCAAAACAGUCUUCAAAACAGAAGAAAGCUGUUCAGACUGCUAUUCGUAAAAACAAAGAAGCUAAUGCAGUGCUAGUUCGGUUGAAUAGCGAACUCCAGCAACAACUGAAAGAAGUUCACAAGGAACGAAUUGCACUGGAAACGCAAUUGGAGCAACACCGACCUGUAACUGUGUUAUGACAUUAUUUUUACACACAGUUUGUUCUAUGAAACAUGGCACUUUGUAUAAUACGUUGGCGUUUUUUUUCUAAUGAGGCAGCUUCGUCUGGAAGAAAUAGUUGCCAGAUAUCUUUACAUUUCUUGUACUAGUUACCUUGUUGGCAAGAAGAUGCACACCAUCCAAAUAACAGCCAUAGUACUUAGACUAUUUUCCCACUAAUCUAGCCAACCCUUUAUUUCCAAAGGACAGGAAGAAGGACAUUUAUAUUGUGUAUGUGUGUAUCCCAAAAAUUAAUUUAUAUUUUGCUUAAUACCGUCUCAUACUUUUAACUAUUAUUUUCAUAUGCCUUCUAUGAGCAGUUAUAGCACAUUGUAUUUAUCAUGUAUAAUAUCUUCCUAGUUUCCCCCUCCCCCUUGUUUUACAAUCACUACCUUUUGUAGAAAGCACAAAUCUUAUUGUAUUGAUAAAAUAUAUCCACACACUUCUUUCUACAACUUACCACUACAUAUCAAUUCCUUGCCUAUUUCUGAAAGCUGGCAUACUGUCACUGUUCCCAUAUUUCUGCUGCAGUUUGAAGGAAGCAAUGUACAGUGGCCUGCAACCAUAGUUUAAUACACUGUGUGCACAAUUAUUAGGCAAGUUGUAUUUUGGGGAAUUCAUUUCCUUAUUGAACAACUACAGUGCUCUCAAUCAAUCCAAAAUGUUAAGAAAUCUCAAACCUGAAUAUUUAAGAAAGUAAAAGUGAGGUUUUGGCUUUCUUAGAAGACUAUCUAUGUGCGAACAAUUAUUGGGCAACUAUUAGUGUGCAGAAUUAUUAUGCAACUAAAUGAAAAAUGAAAAUUUGCCCAUCUCACAUGUUUGUUUGCAUCUGUUAAGACUAAUAAACAACUCAAAAUGUACAAAUAAAUAUUUAUGACAUUUCAAAAAAAAUAAUCAGUGACCAAUAUAGCCACCUUUCUUUUCAAUAACAGUCAUAAGCCUUCCAUUCAUGGAGUCUGUCAGUUUCUUGAUCUGUUGACGAUCAACUUUUUGUGCAACAACAACCACAGCCUUUCAGACACUGUUCAGAGUGGUGUAUUGUUUUCCUUCACCAUAAAUCUCCCAUUUAAGAAGGGCCCACAGGUUCUCAAUAGGGCUUAGGUCAGGUGAAGAAGGAAGCCAUGUCAUUAUUCUUUAUCUUUAAGGCCUUUACUGACUAGCCACACAGUGGAGUACUUCGAUGCAUGCGAUGGAGCAUUGUCCUGCAUAAAAAUCAUGGUCUUCUUGAAAAAUGCAGACUUUUUCCUAGAUCACUGCUUGAAGAAAGUAUCUUCUAAAAACUGGCAGUAGGAAGUUGAUUUUGAGUCUAUCUUCAACCCGAAAAGAUCCAACUACCUCAUUUUUAAUAAUACCAGCCCAUACCAGUACCCCAACUCCAUCUUGCUAGCCUCUGAGUUGAAGUGGAGUUCUGUGUUACUGAUCCAGCCACUGACCCAUCCAUCUUGUCUGUCAAGAGUCACUCUCAUCUCAUCAGUCCAUAAAACCUUUGAAAAAUAUGUCUUCAAAAAUUUCUUGGUCCAGUCUUGCCAUUUCAACUUAUGUGUCUUGUUCAGUGGUAGUUGGGUUUCAGCCUUCCUUACCUUGCCAUGACUCUGAGCAUGGAACACCUUGCACUUUUGGCCACUCCAGGUAGGUUGCAGUUCUGGAAUAUGACAGCACUGGAGGAUAAUGGAUUCCUGGUAGCUUCACAUUUGAUUCUUCUCAAAUCUUUGGCAGUUAAUGUGUGUCUCUUUUUGUCAACACGUUUCUUGCAACCCUAUUGGUUAUUUGCAAUACGUUUGAUUGUUCUGUGAUCACACCCCAAUAUCUUAGCAAUUUCAAGAGUGCUGCAUCCAUCUGAAAGACUUACAAUUUUUGACUUUUCAGAAUCAGUUAAAUCUCUUUUUUGGCCCAUUUUGCCUGAAGAAAAUAAGCUGCCUUAUAAUUAUGCACACAUAUAGGGUGUUGAUCUCCUUAGGCCACAACCUCCCUCAUUACACAAAUACACAUAAUCUGAUAUGAUUAUAUCCACUAAGCAUUCAAGUUUAUACAGCUUGAGGUGGAAAAUAUGCAUGAAAAUGGUGAUGUGGUCAAAAUACUCACUUGCCUAAUAAUUGUGCACCCAGUAUAUAGUUCUAGUUCUUUAAUGGAUGGCAUAUUAUCCCAUACUAUGAAGUUAUUUAUUCAUAACUGUGUGCUAGGAAAAUACUAAACAU